AUGAGGAACGACAGAGGAGGAAAACUAGGGAUAUUGGGAAUCGAUCCCGGAGGAAAUGACGGAAAAGGAAACCUAAAAUCGGGAAAACUGGAAAAAUUGAUCCAGGAGGGACACCGGGGAAACGACUAUGAUGGCGGAGGUGGUGGUGGUGACGGCAACACAAACGUCUGUGAUGAUGGAGGUGGUGACGGCAACACAAACGUCUGUGAUGAUGGAGGUGGCGACGGCAACAUGACGGAGGUGGAGAUGAUGAUGGUAAUGGAAACGGAAAUGAUAUAUCCGGUGGCAACAUGGCUUUCACUUCGUCAGUCGGCUUUUGAUUGUUGA